AUGGCCUGCAACAGGAGCGUCGCCUUCAAGGCGGUCGAGCUGGUGCUGAGCGCGGCGUGCCUGGUGUUCAAGCGCGUGACGGACGACGAGGCGCGCCGCCAGCGGCUGGCGGACCUGCGGCUGGGCCGCGAGUGGCCGCUGUACCGCGCCGUUGCCAUCAGCAUCGACGGCUCCGUCGCCACCAACGUCGUCUUCGGCGCCUACGUGCUCAUCUCGCUCGCGCUCCUCGUCGGACACCUCACCGGCGAGCUGGGCCCCCAGCGCUGGCGCAUGGAGACGUUCCUCCUGAUGGUGGGCGCCGGCGGCUUCGUGGUGGCGGCCAGCAUGGCGUACGUGACGCUGGACUCGGUGGUGCCGUCGCUGCUGGACAACGCGGCCGUGCUGGGCACGCUGGGGCUGGUCACGGGGCUCGUCUUCCUGGCCGACGCGCUCAUGCUGCUGUCCGCGCGACAGGCCAAGCCGCCGCCCAGGGAGCCGCCCAGGGAGCCGGCCAAGGCGCCGCCCGCCGCCAGGCACGACAAGGCGACUGGCAGGGAUACCGUGUGCAGGGCUGUUUCUGUUGGAGUUGACUACCUCCGCUUCCCCCUGUCACCCUCUGUAAAGAGGAACAAAAGAUGUGGAGAGUUUGACCGUCAGAAGACGUAUUAG